UGUCAAAGUCGUCGAAACAGCUGGUGUGUUUACAAAUUAGCAACAUGGCAUUCAAAGUGAUUCGAAAUAUUUAAUUUUUGUUAUUUUUAUGCGAAGCUACGCGAAAUAAGCACACAAUUAUUGAAACCUCAACUAUUAACAUUUGGGUGAGUGUAAAAUAACUACCGGCAAUGGAUCGGCCUAGACCGUGUGGCUGCAAGGGACGUCGUACUUGUCUUAAGUGUGAGAAAGAUUUCGCAAUCGAAAGGAUUGACUUCUUUAAGCAGUUUCAGACCUUGAAAGCGUUUACGUACUGUCCGUGGUGCAAUAAAAUCUACCCAGGAUGGAACACCGCCGAAGUAAUGGAGGAACACAAAACCGGACACAGGGGAAUCGUGGGCGAAUACUACCCCGGCGUCUACAUUGAUUUAGACUUUCUCAACGAGGAAGACGAACGGCUGCUGAUGGCGGGUAUCGAUGAAAUGCCAUGGGACAUUUCGCAGAGUGGCCGGCGUAAGCAAAACUUUGGACCGAAAACGAACUUCAAAAAGGCCAAACUGCGCGUCGGACAGUUCGAUGGGUUCCCUUUGUUUUCCGAAUUCGUUCAGCACCGGUUCGAACAAAUCCCGCUGAUGCAAGAUUUUCAAACGAUCGAACAAUGUUCGCUGGAGUAUACACCUGAAAAGGGUGCAUCAAUUGAUCCCCACAUCGAUGAUUGCUGGAUUUGGGGUGAACGGAUCGUGACGGUAAACCUGUUGAGCGAUUCCGUUCUGACCAUGUCGCGGUAUCGCAGCGAGCAAACGCCCCGAUACAAUCUUCAAUUUGUAGAAAAAUACAAGGACAAACUACUAGCCGAGUUUCUGGACAAUUCAACAAUGGACAAAUUUGAUGAUCGAAUAGUGAGGAUCCCGAUGCCGAGACGUUCGCUGCUGGUUUUGUACGGACCUCCUCGUUAUCAAUGGGAACAUUCGGUGCUCCGUGAAGACAUCAUAGAACGUAGGGUGUGUUUGGCAUAUCGCGAAUUUACGCCGAUGUAUCUCCAAGGAGGUAGCGAAUUUGCAGCGAGUGAAGAUGUGUUAAAGCAUGCCCAAAAUUUCUGGGAUCACAAAGAUAAAAAUUUCGCUGUUGUACAAUAAACUUGUUACUGGUAACGAUAAUCGUUUUAUUUUAUUUUUCAAUGCAAAUACACAAUUUUAAAGACGUAU